ACAUUAAGCCCCUGUCCUGCUCUGGUGGUGUUGCGCAGGCCCCUGGGGGAAAUUUUCCUUCUAAGAGGUGGCUUUUCUGUGCAAGUGAAACUGGCUGAAAACUCAGGGGAGGGCCGAAACUCAGAAAAAGAGCAGCAACACCCAAGCUCAUGACGGGGGAGCAGAGCGGCACCUCCCUGCUCCCGGCGCGUCUGCCGCGGCGCGUUCUCUGUGCACAGGUAGCCAGGCAGGAGCAGCAGCAGGAGCAGGCGCUGGGGACCGUCAUGUGGACCAGCUGGUGGCUCUGGUCCCUGGUGGCCAUCUGCACCGCCGAUCAGUUCCAGGACAGGGCGAAGAAAAUUAUGCAGGAUACACCUGUCAUUGAUGGGCACAACGACCUGCCCUGGAAACUGCUGACCAUGUUCAACAACCAGCUUCGAAAUCAGAAGGCCAACCUGACCAGCUUGGCCCCCACACACACCAACAUCCCCAAGCUGAGGGCUGGUUUUGUGGGGGGCCAGUUCUGGUCUGCAUACACAACCUGUGAGACCCAGAACAAAGACACCGUGAGGAGGACACUGGAGCAGAUUGACGUCAUCCAGCGCAUGUGCCAGAUGUACCCCGAGACCUUCAAGUGCGUCACCAGUAGCCAAGGCAUCAGACAGGCCUUCCAGGAGGGGAAGGUGGCCAGUCUGGUCGGCGUGGAGGGCGGCCACUCCAUCGACAGCAGCCUGGGCGUCCUGCGGGCACUCUACCACUUGGGAAUGCGGUACCUGACCCUCACGCACAGCUGUAACACGCCCUGGGCCGACAACUGGCUGGUGGACACGGGGGAGGAGGAGGCCCAGAGCCAAGGCCUGUCGCCCUUUGGGAAGAGUGUGGUGAGGGAGCUGAAUCGGCUGGGCGUCCUCAUCGACUUGUCCCACGUGUCCGUGGCCACCAUGAAGGCCGCGCUGAAUCAGUCCAGGGCGCCCGUCAUCUUCAGCCACUCCUCGGCCUACAAGCUGUGUGCGCACCGGCGGAACGUGCCCGACGACGUGCUCCGCAUGGUGAAGCAGACCGGCAGCCUGGUGAUGGUGAACUUCUACAACGACUACGUCGCCUGCAAAAGGGAGGCCACCCUGUCUCAAGUAGCAGACCACUUGGACCACAUCAAGAAGGUGGCGGGGGCUGGAGCCGUGGGCUUCGGUGGGGACUUCGAUGGUGUUUCGAGGGUCCCCUCGGGGCUUGAGGACGUGUCCAAGUACCCAGACCUGAUCGCCGAGCUACUCAGGAGGCAGUGGACGGAGGCGGAGGUCAGGGGUGCCCUGGCUAACAACCUGCUGAGGGUCUUUGAGGCGGUGGAGCAGGCCAGCAACCACGCCCUGGACCCUGAGGAGGAGCCCAUCCCCCUGGACAAGCUGGACGGUUCCUGCAGGACCAAUUAUGGCUACUCAGAGGCCCCCCGCCUCCACCAGUCGGGGGUCCUGGUGGCCUCCCUUGCCCCCCUUCUCCUCAGCCUGUGUCUUCUAUGACACUCUGGGGACCAAACCCCUUGGGCUCCUGAAGCUCAGGGGAGACUGUGGCCACGGGAGCAGCCCAGACCCCAGGGACACUGCUCCCCAUGUGCAAGGACUGGCCUGUCCUGAGCAAGCACCUGGGAACACGCUGUGGGGAGCUCAGGACAGGCCCACAGUGGACUCUCAAUAAAGGCACCAACCCCU